AUGCGUGUCACCCUCGUCGCCGCCUUCCUCGCCUCCUUUGUCGCCCUCGCGCGCGCGCAGGCCGACCCCAACGCCACACUCGUCGACCCCGGCGCGACGUGCCCGCAGGAGACGCGCGACAGCAUCGUUGCCUGCCUCGCCCAGGUCGAGCAGGACGAGGCGACGCGCGCAGGCGGGCCGUGCACCUCCACCGACUGGCAGUGCAUCUGCAACAAGCAGUACGGCCUCAUCGCCUGCUUCGACCCGUGCCCCGGCAUCCAGGAUGUCGAUGCAGUCAACUUCAACAACAACGCCUGCAUGGGCCAGAACGGCGUGUCGAACGCCAACGUCAACUCCUACUCGGGCGCCCCGCUCACCACCACGGCGCCCAACGGCCUGACGGGCUCCAGCGGCGUGCCCGGCGCCUCGACCUCGACGACGUCCACCUCCGCGCCCGCUACCACGAGCACGACGCAGACUAGCGCGCCCACCAGCAGCACGAGCCGCAGCACGAGCGCGCCCGCGAGCUCCAGCAGCGGGGCCCCUGCCAACGCUGCCGCGGCGCGUGGCGUCGACUCGCUGGGCGUCGCCGCCGCGAUGGGCGUUGCACUGCUUGCCGGCGCCUUGCUGUAA